AUGGCUCCCAAACGCCCUCCUAUCCUUCUUGGCCUUAUGCUCCUCAAGCAAGCCGCAUGCUUCUAUCUCCCUGGCGUUUCGCCCUCGUCAUACUCUCGAGGCGACCAACUUGAGGUAAAUGUCAACGCCCUCACACCUUCGAUAUCCCGGCACGACGAGCAAAUACAUGCCGUGGUUGCCUACGACUAUUACCACCCAGCUUUUCACUUCUGUCAGCCUGAAGGGGGACCUCAGCCCAGGCGAGAGUCGCUGGGUAGUAUCAUAUUUGGCGACCGCAUUCAAAGCUCCCCGUUUCAGUUGUGGAUGGGAUUGAAUCAGACAUGCAAGAUUGCUUGUACGGGUGACACAUUUGAUGAGAGGUCAACAGCCUUUGUCAACCAGAGGAUUGAGGAGGCCUACAACGUGAAUUUCUUUGUUGAUGGACUGCCGGCCGCCGAAUUGAGAGAAGAUCCCCUCACCCAUGAACGGUUCGCCAGUCCCGGGUUCCCCCUGGGUAAAGUGCAAGAGGAUGGGACCAAGAUUCUACACAACCACUGGGAUAUCAUCAUCGACUAUCACACGGCAGGGCUUCGUGGACUGAAAUACCGUGUGGUUGGUGUCCUAGUCCAGCCACAAUCCUACGCUGAUUCUCACGUCUCGGAUGAUGGCAAGGCAAGUUGCGCUUUCAAUUCCGGCCCUCUUGUCCUGAAGGAAGGAGGAGGAACACCAGUCACCUAUACAUACAGCGUUUACUGGCGUCCUUCAGACACGGCUUGGGCCACCCGCUGGGACAAAUUGCUGCAUAUCGUCGACCCCAAAAUCCACUGGUUUUCUCUCAUCAAUUCGGCCAUCUUUGUCGUCUUCCUGAUCGGUAUGGUCAGCACCGUCUUGGUCCGGGCGCUUCGCAAGGACAUUGCUAGAUAUAAUCGACUGGAUAACAUCAACCUGGACGAUUUCUCGGGGACCUCUGCUGUUGAUGAAGACGUCCAAGAAGACUCGGGCUGGAAGCUGGUGCACGGCGACGUCUUCCGACCGCCUCGCUAUGCGCUGUUAUUGAGUGUGUUACUGGGGAAUGGCACGCAGCUCUUCGUGAUGACAGCUAUGACGGUGGCGUUCGCCAUGCUAGGGUUUCUUUCACCUUCCAACCGGGGUUGGCUCACAUCCAUUGGUCUUCUGCUCUACACCAUCUUUGGCUGUAUUGGCGGAUACGUGUCGGCGCGAGCAUACAAGGCCUUUGGCGGAGAGAAAUGGAAACUCAACAUCGCACUCACACCCGUUUUUGUCCCUGGCAUUGUAUUUGGGACAUUCUUCCUCCUCAACCUCUUUGUCUGGGCGAAGGGGGCUAGUGGGGCGGUGCCGUUCACGACGAUGCUGGCCAUCAUCUCCAUAUGGUUCCUCAUCAGCGUGCCGUUGAGCGUAGCCGGGUCAUGGUAUGGGUUCAGAUCGCCGGCAAUUGAGCCACCGACGCGAGUCAACCAGAUACCGCGACAGAUUCCGCCUGUGGCGCGCUCCCUCCGGCCACUGCCCUCCCUUUUGCUCACGGGCAUCCUGCCAUUCUGCGCCAUCUUCGUGGAAUUGUACUUUAUCAUGACAUCGCUGUGGACGAGUAAGAUCUAUUACAUGUUUGGAUUUUUGUUCAUAUGCUACGGGCUGAUGGCGAUGACAUGCGCUUGCACUACUAUCCUGCUGGUGUACUUUUUGCUUUGUGCCGAGGAUUAUCGCUGGCCGUGGAGGGCGUUCUUUGGCGCGGGGAUGACGGGCGGGUAUGUGUUCCUGAAUGCAUUGGGAUUCUGGGCAACGAGGGUCACCUUUGGAGGACUCACCGGAGCGGUUCUUUACGUGGGCUACUCGGCCCUCCUGAGUUUCUUGGUUGCUGUUCUCACUGGCACGAUCGGAUUUUUAUCGUCAUAUGUUUUUGUCCACCGCAUCUACGGAUCGAUCAAGGUCGACUGA